AUGGCCUCGAGACCCAUGAAGAAGAGGAGACUCACGCCUCCGUCCGAGGAUGAGGCGUCUUCCCACAAGGCCAGUGCCAAGGUUCAGAAGCAGUUCUUCAAGAGCGCUUCCAACUGGGAUCUCGAGCAGGAUUAUGAGACCAAGGCCAGAAAGGGCAAGAAGAAGGACAAGGAAAGCACUCGCCUGCCCGUGAAGCUGGCAGACGGACGCCUCCAGCACGUCAAGGCCGCCGAAGAGGAUGACGCCGCUUCCAUCGACGAUGAGGACUGGCUCGAGGGCAAGGACUUGUCCGACGUUGAGGUCGAUGAGGAGGAGCCCACACAGAAAGAGGAGCCGCAAGUCCCAGUGCAGCAGCAGAUCCUGGAAGCAAAAGAAGAACUCGCCAAAACAGCUUUAGCACUAAACGAAAACCCAGAGGAGAAUGGUGGUGCCUUUAAGACGCUUGCCAAGUACAACCAGUCCAAGAUUGUGGCUAUUGUGAAGCUGGCAUUGGCUACACAACUUGCCGUUUAUAAGGACGUUAUUCCGGGAUACCGAAUCAGGCAAGCAGAAGAAGACGCGCCGCAGGAAAAGCUGUCCAAGGACGUCAGGAGUUUACGAUCUUACGAGCAAGCCCUUGUCUCUGGGUACCAGGGAUACGUGAGGGAGCUGGCAAAGCAUGCAAAGGCCGGCAGGAAUCAAGAGCCGACCAAGGGCCAAAGCAUCUCCAGCAUCGCCAUCACAUGUGCUUGCACUCUCUUGACUUCGGUACCGCACUUCAACUUUCGCAGCGAUCUGAUCAAAAUCCUCGUAGGGAAGCUCAGCACCCGCCGAGUGGAUGGAGACUUUGAAAAGUGCCUCAGGGCCCUCGAGACCGUGUUUCAAGAGGAUGAGGAAGGCCGUCCGGCAAUGGAGGCUGUUUCGCUCCUGUCAAAGAUGAUGAAGGCACGAGAGUACCACGUUGACGAGAGCGUGGUCAACCUUUUUCUCCACUUGCGACUGUUGUCCGAGUUCUCUGGCAAGGCGUCCAAGGACCAGGUGGAGCGAGAUCACGAAGAUGGACCCGCCAAGAAGCCAAAGUACAAGAAGGAGUUCCGAACGAAAAAGCAAAAGAAAGCAAUGCGCGAGGUCAAGGCGCUCGAAAAGGACAUGGCAACAGCUGACGCGCUGGUGAGCCACGAGGAGCGGGAUCGCAUGCAAUCGGAUACCCUCAAACUUGUUUUUGCUUCCUACUUCCGGAUCCUCAAGGCUCGCGUGCCGCAUCUCAUGGGCGCAGUCCUCGAGGGUUUGGCCAAGUACGCACAUCUCAUCAAUCAAGACUUCUUCGGAGACUUGCUAGAGGCGCUCAAGGACCUGAUCCGGCACAGCGACGCGGCGGCAGACGAGGACGAGGCAGAAGACGACGAGGCGCCCCCGCCCCCAAGCCGCGACACCACUCGCGAGGCUCUCCUGUGCACGGUGACUGCAUUCGCCCUGCUCGCAGGCCAAGACGCGCACAAUGCCCGGUCAGAUCUCCACCUCGAUCUGUCCUUCUUCACGACACAUUUGUACCAGACGCUGCUCCCGCUGUCUGUGCACCCAGAUCUCGAGCUCGGCGCCAAGUCGCUGCACCUGCCAGACCCUGAUGCCCCGACCCAGACCGCCGCCGCCAAGUCGACCUCGCGCAACAAGGUCAACCUCCAGACCACGACGGUCCUCCUGGUCCGGUGCCUGACCUCGAUCCUGCUGCCGCCCUGGAACAUUCGCAGCGUCCCGCCGCUGCGCCUCGCCUCCUUUACCAAGCAGCUCAUGAUGUCGGCGCUGCACACGCCCGAAAAGUCCACCCAGGCCAUCCUGGCGCUGCUCGCCGACGUGGGCGGCACGCACGGCAAGAAGAUUGCCGGGCUGUGGAAUACCGAGGAGCGCAAGGGCGACGGCACCUUUAACCCGCUGUCCCAGAGCGUCGAGGGCGCCAAUCCCUUUGCCUCGACCAUCUGGGAGGGCGAGAUUUUGCGCCGCCACUAUUGUCCCAAGGUGCGCGAGGGUGUGCGCAUUGUCGAGAAGACGUUUGGCAAUAGCGGGCGGUAA